AUGCGUACUUGGCCGUUGCUUCGAUCAACCCUUGGCCGCGAGCCCUGUCUCGGGCACAAGCAGAUUCUGCGUUCGUUUGCAGGCUCAACGCCCGAGCGGCCUCGGCGCAACCGGCGGCGAGCAAACCGGGGUGCAGAUGUUUGGGGCGAGGAGGAUGACGAGAAGCAGAGCAAGAACUUUCGUCAGCUCCGAGCAUUCGCGCAAGCUGACUUCACGAAGGAUGCCCAAGAUGCACGUGAAGCACUUCGCUGGCACCGCAAGGAGGUGCAUCACGCACAGGAGGUGAAAGAUGCACUCGUCGAGGUGAGCUCUGGCGCCGAGGAGUCUACAGGGCGCUGGUGGGAUGCCUGGGAUGCAGAGUGGGACGAGGGAUGGGACUGGGAGGAGAAGUGGCGAACAGCAGCCGGCCGAUCAGAGCUCGUAAGCAAGGAUGAUCCUCGACGACCUCGAGGCCCGCUUUUGUCUUGCGAGGAUGGUUACCAGCCGGUGGCCACACUAAACCACCAGGAGCUCGUGGCAGCCAUCGUAUCUGCACGCAAUGGGCAGGCAGACGAGCUGCAGUGGCAGGCACUCUGUCGCAGGGCAGAGCUCGUCGCCAUGUCCAUGACCCCCGCAGAGCUGUUGGCGAUUGCUCGGUGCGUGGGGGAACGACAGUCUGGCCAGCUGCGGCUACUUUGGAAGAUUGCCAUGCUAUCUGUGGAACAUCUUGGCUCUUUCACUGUUCAGGACCUAGCCUGCUUGGCAAAUGUGUAUUCGUCAAUCGAUACCGUGCAUCAUGGAAUGUUGAACGUGGUCGCACUUGUACUCGCAUCUUCAGAUGAUGAGCGAAAUUUGGAUCACGUGCUGGCAGCGGACGUUCUUGCGUCCUUUGCACGAGCGCAGUACCCACUUCCUCUAUUGCUGGGGGAAGCCCGCAAGGUUCUGCUUCGUGACAGCGCAGAGCUGGCACCUGGUUUGGCUCUGAGCGCGCUGGAAAGCUUGUCGUCGUUGGAAGGCCUGGAUGGGGAGCUGCUCGCAGCGUUGCUGGAUCGAGCUUUACCUCAUUCACCAUCCUUGCAGCAAACCUGCGCCACUGCGACCUGGGCCUGGCAAGUCCUGGCGCUUCUGGAAAAGCUGGAAGUGCCGGCUCCGUUGGAAAAUGUGGAGCAUCUUAUGGUGCGUGAGAGGCCUUCGAUAUCGGGCCGUCAUGCCGUGGAAAGGAUCACUGCCACGUUGAGUGAGUCCCUUCGGUCCGUCGACCUGCGGCACCUGCGCUUCAUCCAAACCGGCGACGCCAGCUACGUGUGUCUGGCGGUAAGCCAAAAGGGACAGCCCUCACAGUUACCAAGCCCGCAGAUUCUGGCAUCUGCACUGCUUCUGACACAUCAAAGGACUGAGACUGACUCCUGCUUGGCUGCAGAGCUGGUGGCUGCUUCUUCAGGAUCCAUGCAGCCUGUAUGGUCAGCCGAGCAACAAGUACAGUGGCUACGGGUCGCAGUGGAAGCAGCUGAGGCUGCUCCUGUCUCGAAUGCUGAGCUGGUCCAACCGCUGCUGAAAGCUUUGCCUCGUCAUGCACCGCAUCUUUUGAUACCAGAAGCAGCCAUCCUUGCAAGUCUGUUUCCACGAAUCCUCACGCAGUAUCCGACGUCGGAGGCAGCAGUAGCGGAAACUGCCGUUGCCCUUGCACAGGCCGUCCGUCCUGACCUGUUCCGUUUGCGGGUGCAUGAAGCGCGCCAGGUGCUUCAUGGCUACUGUUCUUUGAUGCCGGUAAUAAUGGCUCAGGUCAAUGCCGAAAAAAUUCUGCCGGAGGCUUCGCGGCUGUUCAAAAGCAUAUUGGAUGGGUUUCCUGCGAAGCUGAAGUCUGAGAGCGUCUUUCAUCGCAGUGGACAAGGACAGGGACAGCCCAGCGCGCCCGAACUGGCUGCGUGGUGCAUACUCUUGUCAAAUGCUGAUUUGAUUCGACCCCUGGGAAAAGUGCCAGAAGGUAUAUGGGAGGUCUUGGCAAGUGAGUGCCAAGAAGCCUUGACAGCGGCAGGACUUGGACAAGAGAGCGACUUUGAGAUGUCCGGGGCUGCCAUCGCAGAGCAGAUGCUUUUGUCCUUUUUGCGUAAGCGUGGAGAUCAUGACUGGAGCAUCUUGAACCCGGAGACUCCUCUGGGGGCGAUGGCCAACGCAGUGCAGGCUCUCUGGCGGCGUGCUGUGGCCAGGGAUGGUGAACUGGAAGAUCCAAUGCACGAGCCACCUGCAAUCCCUGGCGAAGAUGCGCUGCGCCUCAGGGAACUCAUGGCCCAGCAUGGCCUCGAGCUGCCUGAAGAGGUUGUCAUCUGA